AAAUCUUGGUCAACCAUUCAAAACUCGCAGCCUCCACCCCAACCUCUUCACCUUCCUCAUUCAUUAUCCAUCUUCUCCAACCAGCAACAGCCCCAAAACCCAUAACCCAAAAAGCAAAAACAAAAAAUUCAAUGGAGAUCUCAUCUAUUUGUCUCUCUCCAGUCUCUACUUCCAUUCCAAGAGUAACCCCACCUUCUCUCCCCUUUUCUUCUUCCAACUCCACCUUCUUUGCCAGCAAUGCCACCCUCACUUUCUUCAACAAAACCAAGCCCAACAGCAACACUCUGGUACUGGGUGGAGCUACAACCAGGACCAGAGUUGAGAGAGCAAGAAAGGGUCUGACUUGUAACGCUUUGUUCGGUCUUGGAGUGCCUGAGCUGGCUGUUAUUGCUGGAGUUGCAGCUCUGGUUUUUGGGCCCAAGAAGUUGCCUGAAGUAGGAAAGAGUAUUGGCAAGACUGUCAAGAGCUUCCAACAGGCAGCAAAAGAGUUUGAGUCUGAGCUUAAAAAAGAACCUGAUUCCAUAACAGAGCCUCCUGUCGAGAAACCUGCAGCUGUCAGUGAAGAGGAGAAACAAGAUAUCAAGGUUUCAAGCACAAAGGAGAGUGUAUGAUAUUUGUAGAAAUGUCAUUUGGUACACUGUUUCAGUUUUCCACUAUUGUAUUAAUGGUUUUAGUAAAAUUAUUCAUAUCCAGUGUAGAUCAGUCAUGUAAGAAAUUUCCUUCAAGUUUAAGAUCAUGCUUGCUAAGGCAUAACUAGCUUAUCUAGAGCUUUACAUUGGGUCAGAAGACCCAGUUUUACAUAGCAAUUGAAGGUCGGCAUAAUCAACUGCUCCAUUAUUUUCAAACCAA